AUGCUCACCACCCACCUCUUCGUUGCCGCUGCCGCUGUGGCAAUCGGCGCCGCCGAAGCCUCGGCCGUUGAUCUGCAUCUUCGCCAGACGUCCGAAUUCACUAUUCCAUCUACUGGCUACACAAGUUGCGAUGCCUUAAUCGCAGCCGGUCUUUCGAGCAGUGUCUUUUUCCCGACGGACGCCAAGUACAAAUCCAGCAUCAGCUCCUACUGGUCCGGGACUGUCCAGCAAAUCCGACCCUGGUGCAUCAUCCAGCCUGCGAACACUGUAGAGGUCUCCAAAGCUGUGGCUGCUCUUGCCAAGACGAGUCCGGCUGGUAAUUGGGACAUUGGCGUCCGAGGUGGUGGUCACUCUCACUUUGGGUCCAAUAACGUCGCUCAAGGUGUGACGAUUGACUUGAGCCUACUCAACAGCACAGUCUACAAGAACUGCAGCGGCAUUGUUCGCAUUGGGGGCGGCUCGCGGUGGUCCGGCGUCUUCCAUGAAAUUGAAAAGUAUGGCCGCACUGCGACGGGUGGCCGCGAGGGCAACGUCGGCGUCGGUGGCUUAUCUCUCGGCGGAGGUGCCUCCUUCCACACUGGCAAGCGUGGCUUCACGUGCGACGACAUUGUGAACUAUGAAGUUGUGCUUGCGGAUGGCACGAUCGCCAACGCCAAUGCUGGGGAGAAUCCAGAUCUUUACAGAGCCUUGAAAGGCGGAGGUAACAACUUUGGCAUCGUCACGCGCUUUGACUUGCAAACCUUUGAAGACGCAAAGGGCGGGCUUUACGGCGGUCUAUUGUUCUUGACCUACGAUAACCGGGACGCUAUUCUGGCUCAAUUCUCAAGGCUUGUUGAGAUCAACCACGAUCACCCCGAGGACACAGAAGUCGUUACCUUCACCUACGGCGGGUCGGGCGCACCCAUGAUUGCUGUCGUCGCCAUUAACACGGCUGGCGUGGAGAAUUCAACCUCGUUCGCUCCGCUGAAUCGGUUGACGCCUGUGCUAGAUGACCGCAGCAGGAAGACGUAUGGCAAGGUUAUCACGGACUUUGCCACUCCCGGGGGUGCCAGGAGCGUCUGGUUCUCUAUCUGCUUCCAGAACAACAUGGAUGUCCUGAACAAGAUGUCUGCGCUUUACGAUGCCUUUGUGGCUGACUUGACGAGCUUGUGGCCCGAACUCGGCAUCGCCUUUGUCAUCCAGCCUCUUCCCAAGCACUUCGCCAACAGGGGGAAUGGUAAUAACGUCCUUGGCCUGAAGAAGUCUCUGACACACGACUCGAUUGUCUGGCUCGGUCAGGUUUCCAUGCAGACUCUCGAGCAGGAGUCCGUGGCCUUUGCGAAGCUCGCUGCGUUGACGGCUGAGCUUGAGGCCUACGCCGAGUCGAAGGACGCUUCAACUGCGUGGAGGUACCUUAACUAUGUCAAUCCAGCUCAAGAUCCCCUGUCGACGUAUGGUGAGGAGAAUGUUCAGUUCCUGAAGAAAGUGGCGGCUGAAUAUGAUCCGAAGGGAUUCUUUCAGACAAGGGUCUCUGGAGGGUUCAAAAUCUCACGCGUGCAGUGA